GACGACCAUCAUCACCGAACGGUUGCGUAAUUAAUUCAAGUAAAAAUGAAUGGAUUAAAUACAUUCAUUAGCUUAUUUAUAUUAUUAUCAGUAGUUUUUGGUUAUACUGUUCCAAUAUCAGACUUAGAUGAUUUCAGACAAGCGUGUAGUGGUAUAUGGAAUAGCAAAGAUGCGGGAAUAUCCGUUUACUUUGAUCAAUCAUCUCAUGGUCAAGCAGCACUUGGUAUUUGGGAAUGGAGUGAUCUCAAUGCACUAGGAAAAUAUCCAGAUAACGCUGAUCCAACUGUUAUUGCGAAAUCUUACGUAUGCACAACAUCCGCAUUACAAUCAAACCUCUGCCAAGAAAAGGAUUUAGGAAAGUUCAUUGUUGAUAACAGCCAGAUUAAAGAAGGAAAAAAGUCAUCAAUUUGGACAACGGCAGCAAGGUUUAAUGAAAUGCAAGUUGGUAGUUCAACAACAAUAUCAGAUGGUGAUGCAGAGGAAACGAUCGGUGGAAUUGAGAAAAGAGAAGUUUACAAGGUAAAUAACGGUCCAUUUCAUUAUGAUGUAUCACGUCCUGGCUAUUAUUGCGUUGGUAGCAUUCCUAUCACAGUAUCAGGUGUUAAUGCAGUAGAUGAUAAAAAUAUUCAUGCAAGUUUCAAUGGUGUUGUCACUUUUCAUGAUACUAAAAGAUCAGAAUUACCUGCAUCCGAUAUACCCAAAUUAACAUUCUACUUGGUUAUGUUUUUCGUUUACAUAUUCACAGGUAUCGUUUGGUCUUACAUGUGUUAUCAACACCGUGGUCAAUUACUUAUGGUUCAACAUUUCAUAAGUGCUUUGAUCGUCUUCUUAGUUGUUGAAAUGAUACUUAAUUGGGGUUACUAUAAGUAUCUCGACAAGCAUUCUUAUACAGGUGUUUCAACAUUUUUAUUAUGCUUAUGUGCUGUUUUUGCAGCACUCCGAUCAGCAUAUUCUUUAGGAUUAGUACUGAGUGUUAGUUUGGGUUGGGCUGUCGUAAGGCAAACUCUAGAGAAGCCACUAAUAAAAAAGAUUGCAACUUUGGUAGCUGCACACGUAAUUUUUGGUGUAGUAAAUGCAAUCGGUACUGUUAUUAUUAGCUUCGAAGAUGCUUCCAUUAUUUCACUCAUUUUCGUUAUUAUUCCAUUAGCAGUUACACAGUCAGUUGGAUUAUUAUGGACAUUCUAUGCACUUCAACAUACUAUCAAACACCUUGAAGCUAAGCAUCAACAAUUCAAAUUAAGAAUGUAUAAGAAUGUCUAUAGGAUUCUCAUAGCUGCACAAUUGAUUAUAAUAUUCUUUUUUGGAUUCGCAACUUUCACAUUCUCAAGCAGAUUAGAUGAAAACUUCGAACCAAAUAAUUGGAAAUCAAGAUGGUUCUUGAUAGAUGGAUGGUCUACGAUAUUAUAUUACAUAGUUUUCGUUUCUUUGGCCUUCCUUUGGAAGCCAUCUUCACAUCAUUCAAGGUUAGCUUUGAGUGAGGAAGUUCCUGUUAAUGAAGAGGACGUUGAAGAAUAUGAAAUCGCUGAAAGAGGAUACAACCAUCAAGCGCAAAAUGAUCAAGGAUAUGCUAACGUUGAUCAAGAAGACUAUCAUACAGAAGAGACAGUAUUUGCUAUUGAUGAUGAAGAGGAAGAUGACCACCACAAGAAGAGUGAUGAAUAUGAAAGACAAGCGCGUGAAAGACAAGAACUUCUUGGAAAGAACGACUAAAAUUUCUAUUGUAGAUACCAGAAUAUAUUCUUUAUAUUAUAUUUCUC